AUGGCUUCGAACAAUGGAAUCCCACCGCCUCCGACGGGGAACGAGGGAAGCCACUUUCUCUGUCUUACAAUCCUCGGUUACCGCAGGCCAGACCUCACCGAGGACCAGUACCGACACCACAUGACCAAGGUUACUGCACCGAUGACCAAGGAUUUGAUGGUUAAAUAUGGGAUUAAACGUUGGACCAUGAUUCACAACACUGCCCAAACACGCGAAAUGAUGGAGCAAUUCCUUGACCCACAAAUGGUCAAUAUCGCUGAUUACGAUUGCUUCAGCCAGGUCGUGUUCAAGAGCACUGAUGAUUACAAGAAGCUAAAGGAGGACCCGUGGUAUAAAGAGCACUUGUCUAAUGACCAUGAAAACUUUGCCGAUACGAAGAAGAGCCAAAUGACUAUCGGGUGGAUUACGGAAUUCGUUAGAGACGGCGUAGCUGUCGACGGAAUGAAGGCCUGA